AUGAUAGAAUCGAGAAACAACCAGGUAGAGAUUUCUGAUGUGGAUCCUGAUGUUAUGCAUGAAAUGUUUCUUUUUCUAUAUACUGGAAAAGUGGGAAAAUUUUGUGAACAAAUAGUUAUGCAGCUUUAUACUAUAGCUGAUAAGUAUGAUAUUUCGGCUCUCAAAAAUGUGUGCUCGUCCUUUCUCAAAUCCAGUAUUACUGUCGAAAAUGUGUGCAAAAUUCUCCAGUUAGCACAUAUGCAUUGCGAUGAUGAUUUGUAUCAAAGAGCUCUGGAAUUUUUUUCAAAUCAUCUGCAAGAAAUUUAUUCAACCGAUGAAUGGAAAGAGAUGGAGAACAAGAAUAUUUGUGGGAAACUUCUUCAAAAUGUGAUAGCUCAUAAUAAACCCACGAAAUGA